AAGUUACCCAUUCGCGAAGUAAUCAGAAUAAAGGUAAAUAUUAUGGCAACAUUCGUCUAUGGCAGAGAAGUUAAUUUGUCUAUGGUAUACCGGAAGGAUACAGUUGUAAAAGUACAUUCAUUUUCAUCUAGUUACUCAAAAUGGUUGCUGCGGCUCGAAAUGGCGAGGCACCGAGCACGUGGAUUAAACCCGUUCCAGUGUUCGUGUGGAUGGUGAAGUCAAAGCUAAGUACCUAGGCUAUUUCAUAUUUAGACCAUUUUCUAUGUGUUAGAUAUUCCCGGUUAACUUGUAGAUAUAAAAGUCCCACGUGUAAUGGUUGCGCACCCAUUGUUAGUUUGUUAGUGGAUAUAUGUGUGUACCUCUCAUCACAAGCCAUUGGGACCGAUUAUACAGCAUACGCUAUGAGACGGAUGGUACCGACAUCAUUGAUUAUACAGCAUACGCUAUGAGACGGAUGGUACCGACAUCAUUGAAUAUACAGCAUACGCUAUGAGACGGAUGGUACCGACAUCAUUGAAUAUACAGCAUACGCUAUGAGACGGAUGGUACCGACAUCCUUGAAUAUACAGCAUACGCUAUGAGAAGGACGGUACAAGCAAGGUAGACAGAGAGGGCGUUAGACUCGCUCAGUAGCGCGAGGUCAGCCGGGCAUUCUGUCACCAGCGAUGGUUCCGAGGAACCAUAGCCAGCCGAAGUAACCUUUAAAUCGGUGAAUAGAAUAUAUAUUGGAGGGUCCCAAUCGCUGGGUGGGAGAGAGAUGCACACAUUCCUAACCUAUAGAUACCAAGAUAGAGAAUUGCCCCAUGGUCUAGGUCUUAGAGAUUUCACCUACGGUGAAAUCAUAGUUUGUGUAACCCUACAGGUCACUGAGAGACGAGCUGGAACAGUCUGAACGAUGCAAGGAAUAGAAAGGACGUACGGGGGUCGACAGUGAACGACCGACCUACAAGGAAACAGAUAAAGGUGAGCGUGACUCCUAUAAUAUGUACGAAUUCGGUAACCCCUCUCACUUCUGACGAAUAGUAUGGUUCAUAUAAAGAGAAAUAAAAGGCGAAGCAGAUGAAGUAGAAGUUAGGAGGGGUUCCCGACAUGGUGGAGAAGUGCUGGGAUCUGGCUGAGAAACCAGAGUUUUCAGUGUAUGGAGUCACACUCAGCCUAAGCGAUAGUAAAGUAGUUAAUAGUAUAUCAAGUCCUUUCUACUCUUUCAUUUAGUAAGUGAAAUGAAAAUUUAAGUGUGCAGUAAUGUCGCUGUUGAGCGAUGAUUAUGAUUGUUUAUUAUAAGUACAAUUCGGUAUAAAUAUUAUAUUGGUGUUAAAAUGUAAGAACUUGACCUUCCAACUAAUAGGUGGCAGUAUAGGUCAUUCUGAGCGCCAACGAAAGUCGUGUGGGAGCAGAGCCAACUUAAAAUUCAAAAAAGGAGAAAGAAAUUAGUCCAGAUAGACCAUAGAACAAGCAAACAGGUGAUACCAACAUGACACAACACAGCACAUAGUGACAUAACAAAUUAUACAAAAUGGCGUCAAAGAGAAGUGUCUUAGUGUCUUACCUCCGGUAUACCUACUUCUUGAACAAUAAAAAUUUAAAGUACAAUUUAUGUGAAACGAAUUAUUGAAUAUAUAUAUAUAUAUCAGAUUUAUUCAAUUAAUGGAUGGAAAUAAUAAUUUUCAACAAAGUAAGUGCGUAUUUACUAGAUAAGUAACGGGGAAAGAUGAGUAAAGUGUUAAUGGCGUCUAGCUAUGUAUGUAUAAGAAGUGUUUGAGAAUAGAUCGAAGUUUAUCUAAAUUACUUGAUAUUAUAAAGUACAUAAUUACUUUUCAGUUGGAAAUCGAAUUACCCAAAGUGAUUAAUUGCAAAAGAAGUUCAAUCAUUAUCAUUUAACUUUGAUGACAGUAAGCAAGUGAAUAUUCAUUAUGGAUGAACUAUUAUUAACAAGACUGAAACUUCUCGCCACUCAAAUAGAAACUCUCUCGAAUCAAGCUCUUAGUCUCGGCUCUCUGAACAAUGACUUAAUCUACAAUGCAGAAGUAAUCAAGACUAAAUUGCAAAACCUAUCGACGAGAUUAAACGAUGAUUUAAAUAAUUACUUCAGGAUGGUAAAUGUUCCCGAAGUGGAUGAAAUUAGUGAAAUUAGUGAAAUUCAGCUCAAGGCGGAAGAAAGUUUAGCGGAACUAAUUGUAAAAUUAAAAAUAUUCCAGAAUAAAACGGAGAUUUCAUCGACAAAUAGGACAGCUGAUACUAUAACAUCAUGUCGUCUACCUAAACUGAAUCUUCCAGAAUUUGAAGGGGAUAUAUUAAGCUGGCAUCAAUUUUGGGAUCAGUUUCAGUCGAAUAUCGACAAGAGAAAUAUAACAGAAGUGGACAAAUUAUUAUAUCUUAAAUCCUCGUUGAAAGGAGAAGCAAGAAAGGCUAUCGAAGGUCUUGACACAACGAAUAAGAACUACAGCAUUGCGAUUAAAACUCUUAAAGAAAGAUAUGGAAAGGAUUCUCAUCUAGUUGAUGCUCAUUACUCGGCACUUUCGAAGGUGGCUACAACCGAUUCGACAAUAACGUCAUGUCGAGGAGCGCUCAACGAUAUAGAGAAACAUUUGAGAGUUCUUGAGUCACUAGGAGAAAACGUAAACCACAACCAUUUACGUCAUCUCAUAUUCAGUAAAUUUCCUGAAGAUCUUAUUUACGAGUUGAAAUUGAAAACCAAAGAUGAUUCCAUAAGCGAAAUACGAAAGGAAUUGGAAAAAAUAAUCACGGCUAGGGAAGAUGCUAAUAGAAUUACUAAUGGAAGCAACACUAAGGAAGUGGAAAAUUAUACAGUUGAAACUUUACAUGUAACUCAGGAAAAUCGAGGAAGAAGUCAUUACAGAAAGGAUAGGAUACCACCUAGAAGAGAAAUUAGAAAAAAUAAUUGGCAAACACCUGUUGAGAGAAUGGAACCUCGAAGAUUUCGUAAGAGACGGUUUUCACAAUGGGAAGAACGUAAAGAACGGAGGGAAGAUACAACAUCAAAGGGAAGUAAUACGACAGAGGGUGAGGUUGUCUCGAAGAGGAUGAAGGUAUCAUGCGUGUUUUGCAAAGGCGAUCACUACAACGACCUUUGUGAUAAAUAUAAAACAGCCAAGGAACGGAAGUCACGGUUAGGAGACAGAUGUUACGGUUGUCUCAUGAGAAAUCAUCGGAUCGCGCAGUGCUAUAACGAUAAAAAUUCUUGCUAUUAUUGUAAAAAACGUGGUCUACAUCACAGAGCAUUGUGUCCUCAGAAAUUUCCAUCUAAAACCGAAACUACCACUCUAACAGAGGUUGACAGAAGAUGACAUACGGUUCUUCAAACAGCAGUAGUGAUGGCACGAGGAGAUAGGAACAAAGAUAAACAGACACGAUGUCGUAUACUAUUCGAUUCAGGCUCUCAGAGAUCUUACAUUACCCAAAAAAUUGCGAAAAAAUUAAAUUUAUCAAUAGAGAAGGAUGAAAAUUUGUCUGUCUAUACUUUUGGUUCAAGAAGUCCUCGAGAAUUUAAUAGUCCAGUAGUUCAACUAGAGUUAGAGACUAAAUCUAAAAAAGGAAAAAUCAUUUAUGCAAACAUUGUGCCUAUGAUUUCUCAAAGCGUACCCUAUGCUGAAGAACUUAACAAUUGGAAACACAAGGUAGAACUUGCAGAUGACGGAUCGUUAACAGAUCAAGUUGAUAUUCUUAUUGGAAAUGAUUAUUAUUAUUCGUUUCUUCAUCCAGAGAAAAUACGAAUAAGUGAAGACUUAUACCUAGUAGAUUCUGAGUUCGGAUGGAUACUAUCAGGUCAGGGUCCACGUAGAGAUAUAGAAGAACAACACAUGUCAGUUAUCACAUAUUUUCAAACAGAGAUAGAUUUUAAAUUUAACAAACCUGACAUGCCUUUAGAUCAAGGAAGUAUAGCAUUCUUGUGGGAACUAGAGUCAAUUGGCAUAACCGAUUCACCUAAAAUUACACGAGAGGAAGAGGCUAUUCAUAAAUUCAACGAGACUACUAAAUUAAUUAACAAUAGAUAUCAUGUCAGUUGGCCGUGGAACGAAUACCCACCGUCACUAACACCUAACUAUGGAUUAGCAUAUGGUCGUUUAGUAAAUUUAGUCAAGCGGUUAGAUAAGGAAACCCUAAAGUCCUAUAAUGAUGCUAUACAGGAACAAAUAUCGAAAGGAAUAGUCGAAGAAGUAUUAGACAAGACCCGUGUAGAACAUCCAGUACAUUAUCUACCACAUCAUUGCGUUGCUCAGAAGAAUAAACCUAUUAGGAUUGUCUAUGAUGCCUCAUCGAAAAUUAAAGGCAAUAAAAGUUUGAACGAAUGUCUGUAUUGCGGUCCAUUGAUGUUAGAAGAUUUAACAUGUAUACUUAUUAGAUUUCGAAGUCAUAACAUUGCUUUAUCAGCAGAUGUCGAGAAGGCUUUCCUUCAAAUAGGAUUACAUGAAAAGGAUCGCGACGUAACGAGAUUUAUUUGGUUGAAAGAUGUCGAAAAACCACCACAUGUAGAUAACAUUAUCUGUCUA